CAAUCAUAAUACUUAUCCGCUAGAUGGCGCACGUGUUCCUCAGCACAUUUCUGUCGUCCCUUUUCAUGAAGCUCCACUUGACUACUGCAGUGUUCAGUCGGAUUGUCGGCCAAUUUUAUUAAUUUUUACUUGGACAUACUUUACCCUUUAUUUCUUCAAAAAUCUCUUAAAUUCAAAUAAUAAAUAAAUAAAAUUCUUAAUUGUGCAUAUAUACAAUUAUAUAACCUCAAGGAAACAUACUUAACGUUAAUCGUUCACCCAUAAUAAUAAACGUUUACAGGGUGCCAUAAUAGACAGAUCAGGUAGAUCACCCCGUGCAAAGAGCGCAUGGCUCGGUCUGUGAAAUAUUAUGUAACAAGACUCGCGCUGAAUGUACUGAAUGCGCGAGGGUUACUCGAUAGCGCCCAAACAUACGCACACAUGCGUUCUACACUAAUAAGGAGAAGUUGGAGGCACUUUGUACCCUGGUGACGCGCGUCAGCGUCCAAUGGCAAAGAGCGCCGCGAUAGGCGCAAACCAACACGGGCUGCCCAUCAUAUAUAAACUCUCGGCUGAGUUACUAGUGGGGUUUGAAGGCGGGUGAACUGUUUUAGACACUAUUGUACGAGAUUACCGCCUUGUUUUUCAUUAUUAUUCCGCCUGGCCUUUUGGGUUACGCAUUUAUAUUCUCACAGAUGUUUCAGUAUCAGCUCUGGCUGCACUGAAUAUCCACGUAAAAGCCGUUAAAUCGUCAUUUUUAAUCCAAACAGCCCCCCAAAAACGUUUAUCAUAACAGCGGAACUCACGAUGCCUUUGGAUCUGGGGAUGUACGAGAGCCGCGCGGAUUAUAAAUCCCCGAAACAAUGCCAAAAAUCCUCAUUUGCAUUUUAUCAGGCUGUACGGGACCUGUUGCCGGUGUGGGUCCUGGAGGACAUGCGGACAAUGGAGGUGUUUCAUUGGGAAGAUGACGGACAGGCGUGCGCGUACUCUCCGUCGGAGGCGUUUCUGUACGCGCUGGUACAUGAUCACCAGCAGUACGCGCGUUAUUUACUCAACAGGUUCUCCACCCGCGCUCUGGAGAUGCCCAGCAGAAGCUUCUGCUGCUGCCAGGCGUCCACCACACCGCACCUGGCCAUAGCCGUCCGCUACAACCGCAUCAACAUCCUGAAAAUGAUCAUGGCCACCAUUAAAGACCUCACAGACUGCGAGAAACGGAGCUACCUGAACCGUCACGGAUGCGUCCACACCGACGGCAGCAAAACCGCGCUGCAUCUCGCGUGUGAUCUGCUGCGUCCAGAGUGCUUGAUACUGUUGCUGGGUCACGGCGCGUGUCCUUACGCAACGGACCUGACAGGGAACACCCCCCUGGACUGCUUACUCAGCCAGAUCUGCCAGAGUGACUUUGACAUGCGGACGAAGCGCAUCUGCCUCGGUUACCUCAUUUUAUUCAUGCCCACAUUUCGCUUCCGGAUGAAGAGACAGUUGCAGGACAGUGGCGAUGUGUGGAGGGCGCUCAUAGGAGAGCAGGCCUUCCAGUGGCUUUCCGGUUCAUCGCCUCCUUCGCUGUUCGUUCAGGCCAUGCAGAAGCUCAGCCAGUCCAUUCCCACAGACCAGCUGGACUCACUGCCGGACUUUCUGAAACCCCUGGACUUCAGACUGGAUCAAGCUUAAUGGGCGCAACUGGAAAUCUAAUAAAGUACACUGUUUGACUCAAUAUUCAGGUUUUAGUGUAUGUGGAAAGCUCUGUAAAUAUGUGAAUAGUUUGGUGUUGUAUAGUCGCACUGUGAAAGACACUGUAAAAUUAUUAAAAUAUAUAAUUUUUG